AUGGACGACGAAGCUCGUCCCGAGAAAGCUCCUCGUUUGUCUGUCACUCACGACAGCCCCAAGCCGCCCGAGACGAAGCCGCCCGAGACGAAGCCGUCCCAGACGAAGCCGUCCCAGACGAAGCCGCCUGCCAAGACCAACUCCUUCGAGGCGAAACCUCAGGACGGACGCCAAGAUUUGGGCGACUCGAAGGCCAACGCAACGCCUACCCCCAGCCUCGAGAGCAACAGCAAAGCCGCGAACCCAGAAGCUAGCCCCACUGACGAUUCAAAGACAUCGCGAAUCAUGGCCCGUCUGACCCAACUGAAAGCCCUUCUGCAGGAUGAUGGAGACCAAUUCGAGGGACACAUCCGAGGCCUGGAGGACCUCGAGGAGUUCGAGGAAGCGAUGGAACUUCUCUACCUGGACGACCAGCGCCCCGAUCUCUCUGCUGGCUAUCCUCAGACCCAGGACGGCUUCGUGGCACACUGCCGCCAGCUCUUCGACGCCAUGAAGAACCUGGACAACAUACUCGACGUUGUAGGCAUCCCCGGAGGCAACAAUCGGUCGAACUUUACCCGCAGUGGAGAUAGCGUUGCCGUGAAAUUCAUCAAGUCCAAGAAAUCCAUCGAGGUUAUUCUCGUCGCUGGAAAGCUUAUGAGAGCGAUGCUCAAGGCCCAGCGUGGCCGUCUCUCGCUUCCUGGAAGGAAGUUCCACGAAUACGGCAGCUUUACACUGCGUUUCCAAGCAGUCGUGGAUGCACUUAGGGUCAGCAAGCUCCUGGCCCGAAGCGCCUUCGAGUCCGAGGAGUGGAUCGAUCGCAUUGUCAUCAACCCAGACGCGGAACUGCAUCGCAAGAAGACGAACAAGACAAUCAACGAGGCAAAGGGUGAGAAGCAGAAGUUUGCCAACAUGAUGAAGAAGAACGAUCCCACCAUCGACUUCAAGCACACCAUGAGCCCCAAAUCGGCCGAGACCGGCACUUCGGCUGCCACCCCAGGCCCUGCGGACCAGGCCCAGCAGCAGUCCGAUCAGGGCACUGCCAUCCAAUCUCCUCAAAUUCAGACGGGUCCAGACACAAGCCCGGCCCCGCGGCUUUCGAAGCGUAUCAAGACUUCCAAGGACCAGGCUGGUCAGCCUGAGAUGCUGGGACCUUCUUCGGCCUCCGAGAGCAAUAUCAACCAGGACCAGCAGCCUUUCGAGAGACAGGCCACAGACCAGGGUCAGCAUGACCUUCAGGCUCCUCAUGAUGGGAGCCUAGACGACGGCUUCACAGAUUCGAGACUCGGCGAGGAGGCGAUCGACUGGUCGACGGAGGAACGUUCCCAGCAGACGGAUCCAGGCUUUCCCUCUGCCGGCAUGUCCCAAGCCUUUGCGGGCCCCGGAAGAGGCCACGGUACCGCUAGCCACGAUGGACAACCUGCAUACCAGCAGCUUGGAACGUUGGCACUCGAUCCGAAUCCGUUCAGUGUCGCGGGACCGAUUAAUGACUACGGCUCUGGACUCUACGGCCCGCCUGAUCCUGGAUUUCACGGCCAGCGAACCGGCGGUUGGGCUGGAUUCCAACCUAUCGGACAGAGCGAGGGCCACUACCAAGACGAAGACCAGAAGAGCCAGGAGGACCGGGGAGAGGACAAGGGCUCGGUCCACUACGAUGGUUGA